AUGGAGGAUCAAGAGCGACCUCGGAAAUUAGCUAAGCUAGAUCACCCCGAAGAAGCCACGUCCGAGGUGCCAGAGCCUGCCAUGGCCGGAUCUGUUGUUGCCGCCAACGAACCGGAGGCUGCGGGCACUCAGAUUGGAAACGAACCCCACGACCUCUCCGGAUCUACGGUUCAAAAGACCGAACCUGCUGCCAAUGAAUCUACACCCCAGGAUGUCGCUGAGGGAGCUGCGCCCCCAAUGUCAAAAAACCAAAUGAAGAAGAUCCGCCGUGCAGAAGCUCACCAGCAAAAGCGCAUGCUCCAGAAGGCCCAGAAGAAGGAAAAGAACAUAGUAAAGAAAGAACGUCGGCGCGCUAUGUUUGACGAGGCAAGGGAAAAGGGUGGCCAAGAAGCUGUCGACAAGCUGCGAGAGACAUUGCGUGGCACGAAAGCUAAGCACGCUAAGGCAACACUCAUACCUCUGACCUUGGUGAUGGACUGCGGCUACGAUGAUCUGAUGUCAGAGCGAGAGCGCAUCUCUUUGGCAGGUCAGCUCACUCGAUCAUACUCGGACAACAGCCGCGCAAAGUAUAAUGCGCACAUGAUGUUCUCGUCAUUUGAUAAACUAUUGAAAGUGCGCUUCCAUACUGUUUUGGCAACCCACAAAAACUGGAAGCGCGUCCGCAUUAUGCAAGAAGACUUUGUGCAUGCUGGCAAACUGGCCCUAAAACAGAUGACAGGUCCUCGUGGAGGCCAGCUUGUUGGACCGUUCGCUGACCAAACUGAUGCGAAGCCCGAGGAUGGGGAAAUUAUCUAUCUCAGCAGUGAUAGUGAGAAUACCUUGACCGAGUUGAAGCCUUACAGCACUUAUAUUGUUGGGGCGUUGGUGGAUAAGAACAGACAUAAGGCGGUCUGCUACAACCAGGCAGUUGCGAAGGGUAUCAAAACUGCCAAAUUGCCGAUUGGGCAGUACAUUCAAAUGGCACAUCGCCCGGUGCUAGCCACAAACCAUGUCAUUGAGAUCAUGCUCCAAUGGUUGGAGCUUCGGGACUGGGGCAAGGCAUUCAUGAAAGUUAUCCCGACCCGGAAAGGUGGAGCAUUGAGAGAUGUGCAGGGUGAGGGUACGGAGGAUGCUGAAGACGCUGAAGAUGCUGCUGAGGAUGCUGCUGAGGAUGCUACUGAGGAAGAACUUCAACAAGAACAGCUCAAGCAGCUGGAAGAGAUUGAGGACUUGGAGGAAGGAACUGAGGAUGGAAAGGAAGAGAAGCAAUAG